AUGGCAUUUCCAAGUGUAACCAUUCAUUCUUCAUCUACAAUCAUCCCUAGCCACCCCACUCCCCAUCGCACCCUUGCAUUGUCAGAGAGCGACCAAGCAAUGCUGGAUGGUUAUAGUUUCACCAUUUAUGUGUACAAAAAAGCUUUUGAUCACCUUGAUGCUUCUUCACUCGCCAUGGAUUCCAUGAGAAACUCGUUGAGCAAGAUAUUGGUUCCAUAUUAUCCUCUAGCCGGCCGUCUCCGGUGGAUUGAUGGCGGUCGGCUCGAGCUUGAUUGUUGUGGCGCUGGAGUUCGAUUCAUCGAGGCCGAAGCUUUCGCUGAUGCCAAGCUUGAUGAUUACGGUGACUUUGCACCGUCCGAUGCGACGAGACAACUCGUUCCAAAGCCUGACCAUCGCGCUCCCAUCGAGGACCAACCAUUGGUUCUUGUGCAAGUGACGAGAUUCAGCUGCGGCGGAAUUGUGAUCGGCACUGCUAUUUCUCACUUUGUGGUCGAUGGGAUUUCGGCCAUUAUGUUUGUCAACUUAUGGGCGAGCAUCACACAAGGGGAGAAGACGAUAGAGAGUAUUAUCCCGAAGUGGCCAAACCACGAGAGAGACUUUCUACAACCAGUACUCGACCCCCCGCGCUUCCAUCAUCGAGAGUACGAAUCACCUCCACUCCUGAUCGGUCGUUCAGACGUCAAGGAGGAGCGAAGCAAAGAAACCACGGUUGCAUUGCUAAAACUCGCAAAACACCAACAUGAGAAACUGAAAAAGAUGGCAAAUGAAGGAAGUGCAACCCCUCAAAGACCAUACACAAGAUUUGAGGCCGUGGGAGGGCAUAUAUGGGCGUGUGUCUGCAAGGCUCGUAGCAAUACAACGAGAUGUGAAAGUGACCAACCGACAGUGGCCCUUAUCACUGCCAGUAUUAGGCAACGAAUACGGCCACCUCCCCCCGAAAGAUUCUGUGGAAAUGCAAUUUUGUUGACUGUGACACCAAUAUGCAAGUUUGGGGAUCUUAUAAAGAACCCACUCAGUUAUGCUGCAGGAAACAUAAGAGAAGGAACAUGGAAACUUACAGACGAAUACAUCAAGUCAGCUAUUAGCUUUCUAGCAAGUAAAGAAAAUGAGUUGGUAAAGGAGUGCUAUCAAACUGAAGUAACUCCUUUUUGGGGCAACCCAAACCUGGACUUGGGGUGUUGGACCUCGAUGCCAAUUUACGAUGCCGAUUUUGGGUGGGGAAGACCGUCUUACGUCGGUCCGACUCCGUUGGUAGUAGAGGAUGGAUUGUCGAUAAUCAUGCCGGGUCCAGACGAUGGAUCCCUCAUCCUGAUCAUAUGCCUGCAGACCAAGUGUAUGAAUGAGUUUAAGAAGUUGUUCUAUCAACAUUUAUGA